AUGAAGUUCCUCUGUCUGCCGGGAGGCUAUUGUUCUGCGAAUGGUUUCAAAGCUCAAAUAGCGCCGUGCUUCAAUUCUCUUACAUCUAGUGGAGAGGUCGACUUCCAGUAUAUUCAGGGCGAAGUUGAGGUGCACCCCGCGACCGAUUUUCUAGGCUUCUUCGGCCCGCCGCCUCACUACUCAUUUCUCAAUGCCGAUGGCCAAAAUGGGGGGGUGUUAAUGAACAUGCGAGAUUUCCCAAAACGGGAUACCCCCGAAGAAGCCCUAAGGGCCGCCAUAGAUGUGUCUGGGGAUCCCACAUAUUCCUGCAUAAAAGACGUUAUGCAGCGUCUCAUUGGCAUCCUGGAUGACGAUGACGAGUUUGAGGGUCUCAUUGGAUAUUCAGAAGGCGCUUCAGUCGCGGCAUCGCUUCUGAUGGAAGAACAACGACGAGCGCAGCUGGGUCGUAAACCUCGAAUCAAAUGCGCAGUCUUGUUCUCAGGGUGGCCACCUGUCCAUCCAACCACUGGCAAGCUUGUUGUGGCGGAUGACUUCGACACAGAGCCGAUCACUAUACCGACGUGUCAUGUCAUUGGCGCCUCGGACCCUUUUCUUGAUGGCUCAAUGGCUUUGUACAACAUGUGUGACCCCGAUACUGCAGAUUUGUUCGACCACGGUGGAGGCCAUGUUCUUCCACGAGCCAAGAAGAACGUUGAUGAGCUGGCUUCUGUCAUCCAUGAGAUGAUCAACUCAGUGGCCUGA